AUGGAUACUAGUUUAUGGGUCUUCAAGUGUUGCAGUGGCAAACAUUACGAUUGGUUGGCAGGUAAGCCAGUCCCAUUGCCAGAAGAACCGAACUACAGACAGCGAGAGAUCGAUUUGGAAAAUAGUACGUCGGAUGAAACUAAUUGGGAAGUGAGUGUAUUCAAGAAAAUCCAAGGAUCUCGUACAGAAUUGAGGCUGGGUCAAAACCGAAAGGGGGGUUUGAUUGCGGUUCGCGUUAAUGAGCAGGGUUUAUUGUAUGGAGACCUCCGAGUGGGACAGCGUAUCAUUUCUAUCCACGGCAAUCCCCCAGAAGAGAAUGAUGAAGAAUCUAAUGAAGAGGACCAUGACGGCACAAAUGUAUCUCAAGCUAAAUUCUUGGUACAGAAGAAGAUGAAGGGUGGAACUCGAAACCUUGUCCAAACUGUGAAAACGAAAACGAAAGACAUCGGUGGUGUCAAAAACAAAAAAACUCUCGCAGGUGCAGAUAACGUUGCUGAAGGGAUGAGAACCUUGAUAGACCAUGCUUCGGCAAAAGACUAUCUUCGAGUCUCGAUUGUUUCAUGUUUUCUAUUUGUUCUUAUCAUCUCGGGGGUUGAUCUUUGGUCUACUGGCGUGACUGGUUUGGAAUCUCCAAUCGAUAAUAGAGUACAGAUAGUCGAUCUUGUUAAAGGAGAAUUGAAAAAAGGCGUCCAUUUGCUGGAUGAUGCCUUGCGUGUGCAUCAGGCCAUUUCUUACCUUCAAGACGAUUCGUCCCAUGACCAAGAGAUUCAAUAUGCACGCAGCGCACUAGACGACAUUGCCACCCAGACUGCUGAUGUGGACACAAAUCUAGAUCCAGUCAAUCAAGCACUCGCUGGAGUAUUGGCUCUGGCUAUCAUUGUGAUUCUGGUUAGCAUUGUCCUUUACAUGCUUGCACACGAGACACUUUGCUAUCAGGGCAUGGAUGCUUUAUCGGCUAAUACGAAUGCACUUUUCGUGAUUCUCUGCAUGUCGCUACUUAUCAUGACAUUUCGAGUUGCACUGUGGGAUGCUGUAAGCUCGCCAUUGCAACAGGCAUCGGAGGACAAGGAGAAGGAAGACCCGGAUAAAAUAAUGAGGACGGGGAGCAAGAAACGAAUGGGCGAUUUUUUAGCGUCGAAAAUACGAUCCCCAUGA